AUGGUUGGGACCCCUCCAUUGCAUACCUCAACAUUCCCUAUGAUUACUCUUCCCAGAAACCCCUUCCAUUCUAUGCUAUACCUUCCACAUGUACCCCGGAGAAAGAUAAACAGGAUAACAGCUACUUCUGCUGAUGCAGGGAAUGUUGAACCAUCAAACAACCCUCUUUCACUUGCCUCCAUUAGGAGGCAAACUAGGCGUCCAUUAACUGAUUUUGGGUUUGGUGGUAGGAGCAUUUGGGAAGGUGGUGUUGGUCUGUUUCUGGUUUCGGGUGCAGUUCUUUUUGCACUUAGUUUGGCAUGGUUGAAGGGUUUCCAAAUACGAUCUAAUUUCAGCAAGUACACAGCAACCUUUGAGUUUUCUCAGGCUUCUGGUAUUUCUACCGGAACACCAGUCAGGAUCCGAGGGGUCACUGUUGGUGAUGUCAUUCGAGUCAAUCCGUCCUUAAAAAGUAUUGAAGCAGUUGUUGAGAUUGAAGAUGAUAAAACAAUCAUACCACGUAAUUCGUUGGUUGAAGUUAACCAGUCAGGGCUUCUUAUGGAGACCAUAAUUGACAUUACUCCUCGAGAUCCCAUUCCAACACCUUCAGCUGGCCCUCUUGACAAGGAAUGUCAUAAAGAAGGUCUCAUUGUGUGUGAUAGAGAAAAGAUGAAGGGUUCCCAAGGGGUAAGUUUGGAUGCAUUGGUUGGGAUAUUUACCCGUCUUGGCCGAGAUGUAGAGAAAAUUGGUAUAGCUGACAGCUAUUCAUUGGCUGAAAGAGCUGCUUCUGUUAUUGAAGAAGCAAAACCACUACUUACGAAGAUGAAAGCCAUGGCUGAAGAUCUUCAACCUUUGCUGGCUGAUGUCCGUGAUAGUGGUCUGUUGAAGGAAGUUGAGAAUUUAACUCGAAGCCUUACACAAGCUUCUGAUGAUUUGAGAAGGGCACAUUCAUCAAUUAUGACCCCUGAGAACACUGAACUGAUCCAAAAGUCCAUAUACACUCUCAUAUUCACCCUGAAAAACAUUGAGAAUGUUAGCUCUGAUAUUUUGGGCUUCACCGGUGAUGAAGCUACAAGAAAGAAUUUGAAGCUACUAAUUAAGUCUCUCAGCAGGUUAUUAUGA